CUUCGGUUUUCUAAUCCCUCUCUCCCUCUCUCUCGUUUCUUUCUAGGGUUUAAGUUUCAGACAUAAUCGAGCUACUUGGGUUUCUAAAAAUAGAAGAUGAAAACAUAUAACAUGGUUAAACAAGAAUUUAUCAAGAAAUGGAUAACUACUCUCCACAUGUUAGAUUCUUCUGUUGAACAUCCCUUGAACGUAACCGAGAGGAAAAAUGCGAUAAGACUAUCAUCGGACAUAGCCAUGGCAUCCGCUAGAAGCGGCUCUACUGUAUGGAGCCGCGCUCUCAUCUCUAGGAGCGGAUACAAGACUACGACGACGACCAACAAACCCAUGGCUCGUCGAAUACUAAAAAAAGCUCGAAACCGGAUGAUGAAGAACCGUUGUAUGAUCACUCUUAGACGAAAUGGCAAUUCCACUUCGAGAAGUGGGGUGAGAAAACGUACGGAGUUGCUUAAGAGUCUUGUACCUGGAGGCGAGUUAAUAGAAAACGAAGAUUAUUUAAUAAGAGAGACACUUGAUUACAUCGUCUAUCUCCGAGCGCAAGUGGACGUUAUGCGAACCGUCGCAGCCGUCGAUUUAGUCACCUGAAACUUAACGAACGAUAACAAAUAAAUGAGCAUGCGUUUCCGCACUCUUGUGCAUAUGAACUAGCUAAUGAGUAAGGAUUUAGAUGCAAGUCCCUGUAUGUACUGAUGUACAUACAUGUAUAGCUAGGAUAACACUACUGUCUUAAUUUCAAAAUGUAUUAUCGAGGUACUACUGGUGUAAAUAUAAUUUAUGGGUUAAUUUCAUAUUAUCAUUUUAAAGAAUA